UUUUUUUUUUGAAUAGCAUUUCGUCGAAAUUCAUGUUGGGCAGUUUAUGAUGAUUUGUUGAAUUAUAAUUAGAUAUUUUUUUGUUUUUUUUUUAUUAAAAAUAGUAAUUAUAAGACUGAAUAUUUUGUUCAUCUUAUAUAUUAACUGUUAACAAUGCCACGUGAUAUACGAUCUUAUUUUACUUGCACUACUAAAAAAUCUACAAAUCAAUCUACGGAUAAAUCUACGGAUAAAUCUACGGUUAAAACUACGGUUAAAUCUACUGUCAAAAAGAAAAAAAGAGCAAUAAUCUCAUCUGACGAAGAGGACACAAAAUCAUGUGCUGUGGUAAAACGUACCAAGUUGACAAAGAAAAUUAACAAGCAUCAUCUUUUAUCUGAUUCUGAUGAUGAAGUUCAUAUAGUGUCGAAUACUAAAAAUGAAAAGGCUGAAGUCCAAUUGAUUAAUGAUACAGAAAAUGUAUCUCAUAUCAAAAAUAAACCGGUAAGCACAAUUUCGCCAGCAGAAAUGUUUAGUAAAUCAUCAGUGACACGAGAAACAAUGCCAAGAGUGAAAAAGAAACCGAAGACAAAGGAAGCUAAAACUCAUUUAGAUGACGAGUUUGAGUUUACAUUGAGCAAGUUAGAUACAACAAUAAUUGAAAAAGAAUAUUUACAAGGUGUCAAAGAAAAUGAAUAUGAAAACAAAGAAGAUGAUAAGAAAGAUAAAAAAGAUAAUAAAAUAGAUGAUCAGAUAGAAAGUGAAAAAAGUAUUACUUCAAAUAAAGAGAAGAAGCAUAAUAUGUCUGUUGAUGAUGAAAUAUCUUAUAAAAAAGAAGAUAUAAAACAAAAAGAUAAAUCUUCUAAUAAUAAAGAAUUUUCUUUAACCAAUGUAGAACAUAAUAUUGAUAAAAGAACAAAAAAUUCUUCUAAAAAAUCAUUGAAACGUACUAAACAUACUACUGCGAUAGAAAUUGAACCUAAAAGAUUGAAAAAAGAGAAUGCUAAUAGUUCAAUGUCAGACGAAUAUGAAGAAAGAAUUCAAAUGAAAAAACAAAAUUCAAUAUUAUAUCAGAAAUAUCUUCAAAGAGGUGGUGCAAGAAAUCCUGGUUCUAAGGAAGUUCCACAGGGCGCAGAAUAUUGCUUAGCAGGUCUAAGUUUUGUGAUAACAGGUGUUUUGGAUUCGUUAGAAGAUAAUGAAGUUAAAGAAUUAAUUACAAAAUAUGGUGGUCGUAUUUUGCAUCAAGUAUCAAAAAAUACAGAUUAUCUGAUAGUAGGAGAAGAAUAUGGACCUGCAAAGAUGGCAAAGGCCAAUGAGUUAAAGAUAAAGAAAAUAUCUGAAGAUGACUUGUUGGAAUUUAUAAGAACAAGACCUAAAGGAAAAGCUGAAGAUGUAAAGCAAUCAAAGCGUGCAAAAUCAAAAGAAAAACCAAUGUCGAAGGUUGAACCCUCUGUAAUAUCAAAACCACAGAAAAAUGUGAAAGAAACAAUGGAACCUAUAAAAAGUACAGUGGAACUUGUAAAAGAAACAACGAUACCUGUGAAGGAAACAGUGAAAACUGUGAAAGAAACAACAAAAUCUGUAGAGGAAACAGGGGAAUCUAUGAAAGAAACAGAAAAACAUAUAAAACAUACACCGUCUUCAAUAACGAAAUUAGAUACUAAAGUAGCAAAUAAUGCUAUAAUAACGGAGAAUUGUGAAAUAUUAGUUGACAAAUACAGACCGAAAACUAUGAAACAAAUAUUAGGACAACAAGGGGAUAAAAGUUCUGCGAAGAAGUUAUAUACUUGGUUAUUAAAUUGGCAUAAAAAUCAAAAUGGAACUAAAAAACAUACCAAACCUAGUCCCUGGGCAAAAAAUGAUGAUGGAGCAUUUUUCAAAGCUGCUCUGUUAUCUGGACCACCCGGUAUUGGUAAAACUACUACUGCUCAAGUUGUAUCUAAUGAAUUAGGUUUCGAUCUGUUAGAAUUUAAUGCUUCCGAUACAAGAAGCAAGAAACUUUUAAAAGAAGAAGUUUCUGAAAUUCUAUCGAAUACAACAAUAAAGAAUUACUUUAGUAAUCAAAAAGGAGAAGGAAAAGUUAAACAUGUAUUAUUAAUGGAUGAAGUUGAUGGUAUGGCUGGUAAUGAAGAUCGUGGAGGUUUGCAGGAAUUAGUCAGCUUAAUCAAAUCUACAGAUGUACCAAUAAUUUGUAUUUGCAAUGACCGGAAUAAUCCAAAAAUGAGAACCCUCUCCAAUUAUACAUUUGAUCUCAGAUUUCAAAAACCAAGAUUAGAGCAAAUCAGGGCAGCAAUGAAGUCAAUAUGUUAUAAAGAAAAUAUACAAAUAUCAACAGAACAACUUGAUCGUUUAAUUGAAUCAACCAAUCAAGAUAUUCGUCAAGUGAUUAAUCAUUUAUCAUUAUUAAAUGAAAAAUCCGAUAAUGUAACAAAGACAGAGAGUAAACCAAAUAAAGAUUUAAAAUUGGGUCCUUGGGACGUAGUGAAAAAGGUUUUAAGUUUUGAGGAACACAAAAAUAUGAGUAUUAAUGAAAAAAGUGAUCUCUUCUUUCACGAUUAUAAUAUAGCACCAUUGUUUGUGCAAGAAAAUUAUCUUUCAGUUAUACCUGCAGCACCAAAAACUGAAUUAUUAGAAAGAGUAGCACAAGCUGCAGAGAGUAUAGCAUUAGGAGAUGACAUAGAAAAAGAAAUUCGAAGUAACAAUGCCUGGUCUCUUCUGCCAAUUCAAGCUUGUUUUUCUUCAGUUAUUCCUGGUAAUAUGAUGUCCGGAGAUAUAAAAAAUCAAAUUAAUUUUCCAUCCUGGCUUGGGUGUAACUCAAAAAAGAAUAAAUUUGAUAGAUUAUUGCAAGAGAUUACUGUACACACACGUUUAACUACUGGUGCGAGUAAGGCAGCUAUCAAUUUAGAUUAUUUAAAUCAUAUAAGAGAUGCAAUUAUUAAAUCUUUGGUUAACAAUGGUACUGAAGGAGUAGAUGAAGCGGUUAAUGUUAUGAACCAUUAUCAUUUAUUAAGAGAGGAUUUAGAUUCCUUAAAUGAAGUUUCUUUGUGGCCAGGACAACGUAAUUCACUUCAAGCUGUUGAUAGUAAGGUAUUAGCAUCAUUUACCAGAACAUAUAACAAAAAAUCUAGUGGUGUACCCUAUACCAUUAAUAACAGUAAAGCAAAAAAAUCUGUAGCAGCUUCACAAGAAGAUAUAGAAUUUGUAGAUGAUAUAAAUUCAGAUGAAGAGGAAGAUAACAUUAAUACUGAUAAAAUGAUUAAGGCAAAAAAGCCAACGGCAAAAAAUAAAAAAGAAACAGAGAAAAAAAGUAGUGAAAAAUCUUCCACCAAACGUGGAAAAGGGAGCAAUAAGAAAAAUAAUUUUUUGUAAGGAAACAUAUGCAUGUAUUACAUGCCACAUAUAUAUAUAUAUAGCUUGCCUUCUGCGAUUCAUUAAUGUAAAUGUUUUGUUCAAAGUACGAUUCAUUGCAAACAAAUACAAAUCUGUAAGACUUUAAAGUUAUAUGGUACGGCAGCUCUGUUGUUCACUAAAAAUAUAUAUAGUUUCUAAAUAUUUUUUUCUGACAAUAUAUACAAUAUAAUUAAGAAGUUUUAAUAACGAACAAAUUUCGCGCUUAUAUUUCAUAACAUUUUAUAUGUUCCUAAAUAUUUUAUUCUCAUUUUUGUUGUGUAUUUUAUUAUGAAUCUUCUGUUGCUAAUUCUAUUAUGAAAUUUUUAAUUAUUUAAAAUACUGCUAUUUUAAAAUGAACGAUCUCAACGCCACUUUCACUGAUUGGAUAUUUGUAUUUUCAUUAACGAUCGCUGAUUGGGUAAUGCCCUUGUCCCCUCUCAAAUGUGCCAACAUCACUCUAGUGAUUAUACUUAUUAUUAGUUUUACGGAUAUUUGAAAAAACAAUUCAUUUGUUUUUUAUUUGAACUUUUUUUUUUAAUAUUUAAAAAUAAUUAAUUAUAACAAAAGUAAUUUAAUUUUUCAAGAUUUUUAAUAGUUAUAUAUUUUUCUUUUUACUUGUUAAAAUUAAAUUACCCUAGAACAUUAUUUACCAAGUUUAAUUGCUCGCAAAUGUAUUUUUUACAUUGAAUGAAAAUAGUAUAUUCGUAUAUCUAUUUUUAUUGUAAUAAUCAAUAAAAAAUAAAUUUAAAAAAAGAAUAUUGUAAAUCUGUUCUUGAAAAAAGUGAAUCUUCAUUUCUUUCAUAAUGAAUAAGCUAAUCUGAAAUUAAUAUUGAUUCUUAUGCUCUUCGAGCAUAUAAAAUUACUAAGAAAGUAUAUAAUAUCGCCAUUGUAGUAAUAGUCCAGUUUUUAUUCAAAUAUAAUUGUAACAAGAAAAUGUAUAACGUUAUAUUGUACAUUAUUAUAUCCCUUUUCGCAAAGGACAUGCGUUUUAAAUACGCAUAGUUCCUUUCACUUAUGAUUCUUUCAUCGUUUAUUUUAAAAGAAAUAAUUUCAAUACUUGACGCUUAAUGUUUAUCAUUUCUUGAAUUAUGACUAAAUAAGAAUAGAUGAUUAUUCAAUAUAAUUCGUCGAACAAUUAUUUUCUUUUUUUUUUUUCCUUAAACAUAUCUCGUUGAUCUAGAUUUACAAAAAAGAUAUAAUCUUUUUGUUUCUGAUUUCUUUUCGAGGAUAUAUUCUAAUCAAAUUUUAUUGAAUUCAGAUAUAAGUAUAAUUUCGUAUACUUAGAAUAUAAUAGAAUAAAAAAAACACUGAUCAAUCAGUUUUAUUAGUUGAUCAUUUAAAAACUGGCUUAACCAGUUCUUCCUACAAAAGAUCGUAGUAUGUGAAAUAUAUCGAAUUUUAUCGACAAAAAAAUGUACGAGCACAUUUUUAAAAUGUCAAACUUUCGAAAUAUGAAAUAUGAAAGAAUGUCUUUUUUUUUAAUUUUUAAAUCAACCGAGAUACCUUAAUUAAAACAUAGAUGUAUAUGAUAUACAAAUAUGUACAUAUAUAUCUACAUGUACGUAUAUAUCUUAAUAAUUUAUAUGACUGUUAAUAAUACGUAAAUGUGGCAACUAAA